UUGCGCAUGCGCACAGAGUUAAUAGGAAGCAGGAUAGAGGCGUUUUGUGGACCAGCUGCUUUCGAACAUUUUAAUUCGGGUUUGUCAGCCUGUAAACAUGGACAUUUAUGUAAAAUGAACGAUUAACAACGUGGACGGAAAUUUCGAGAAGUGAACAAAUAUUUAAGGAGCGACAAUAUGAUGUCAGAGUGCGAUCCGACAGAGACUGAAAGCGGCUUGCCCGCACUGCUGGACACCGGGGCGAUGGGGUUGCCUGACUCGGAGAGUAAUUUUCACUCGUCUACGGGCCCCUCGAAGGUAUCAUUCGAUGAUAACCGAAUAGGACUUGGGCUUGGGGCCAACCCGGGAGUUGCCGUUCGUAUUUCGGGCUCUUGUGAAAGCGUUUUGACCGAGCUGGAGACCGACGGCUCGGGCGAAGAGGCGCUGCUGUUACCGUGCCUGACAGGAAGCUCGGCGUCUCCGAGAGGCGUCCGAGACAAGUGGAGCAGGCGGAACAGACACAGCUCCUCUUCGGAUAAAGACACUCUGGCCUCCCCAGGUACAAACAGCGGGGAUUUGAACCAUUUCCCCGAUGAUCUAGAGUUUGCAGAAAUUAUCCAAAGGGCUGAACAAGCUAUUGAGUGUGGCGUCUUUCCGGAAAGGAUUUCCCAGGGAUCCAGUGGGAGCUACUUUGUCAAAGACCAAAAAGGGAAAGUAAUUGGUGUUUUUAAACCAAAGUCAGAGGAACCUUAUGGUCACCUGAACCCAAAAUGGACCAAAUAUUUUCACAAGCUCUGCUGUCCGUGCUGUUUUGGCCGCGGCUGCUUGUUGCCCAACCAGGGUUACCUCUCAGAGGCUGCAGCCUCGCUGGUCGACACUAAACUAGGUCUUGGAGUCGUCCCAAAAACCAAGGUGGUGUAUUUGGCAAGUGAGACAUUCCAUUAUAAUGCUAUUGACAGAGCAAAGUCCCGAGGAAAGAAGUACGCCUUAGAGAAAGUCCCAAAGGUGGGGCGACGCUUCCACAGAGUGGGCCUCCCUCCAAAGGUGGGCUCAUUUCAGCUGUUUGUGGAGGGUUAUCGUGAAGCUGACUACUGGCUGCGGCGCUUUGAGGCUGAACCUCUCCCAGAGAACAUCAGGAAGCAGCUGCAGUCCCAGUUUGAGCGACUGGUUGUGUUGGAUUACGUCAUCAGAAACACAGAUCGAGGAAAUGACAACUGGUUGAUCAAGUAUGAGAAGCCAGGAGAAGGAGAUGAAAGGCAGGAGGAAGCAGGGUGGACAGACAACAGUACGGACUCCUGCAUCAAGAUCGCAGCGAUCGACAACGGCUUGGCCUUCCCUUUUAAACAUCCUGAUGAAUGGAGAGCAUACCCCUUCCACUGGGCGUGGCUCCCUCAGGCCAAAGUCCCCUUCUCUCAGGAGACCAGAGACCUGGUCCUGUCCCGCCUCUCUGAUAUGAACUUCGUCCAGGACCUCUGUGAGGACCUCUAUGAGAUGUUCAAGACAGAUAAAGGUUUCGACAAAACUAUGUUUGAGAGACAGAUGUCUGUUAUGAGAGGCCAGGUGUUGAACCUGACUCAGGCUCUGAAGGACGGGAAGAGCCCCAUCCAGUUGGUGCAGAUGCCCCGGGUGGUGGUGGAGCGCAGCCGGUCGGGCGGCCAAGGACGAGUGGUCACACUGGGCAACGCGUUCACACAAACCUUCCACUGCAAGAGGCCCUUUUUCACAUCCUGGUAGUGUGAGAAGCCCGAGGAGGGAAGCUAAGGACAACAUUCUGGAAGUGCUUGGUUUUGUUUUAAAGGCAGUCCUAUAGCAUGCAAGGGGAAAAUAAAUGAGGGUAAAAUCUCACUGAAGACGGUGCGGAUGUGCUUUUAUGAGGAAGGAAAGAUGCAAUCAGCAGAAAGCAGGAUGGAAAAAUGUUUAAGGGCAUUUUAGUCAAAGGGGSYGUCUUUUGUAAGAAAAGUGGAAGCUAACAGUAUUAGCACACACUGUCUUUAUCUGAGGAAGACCCUAGGGCUGGUUGUUUACGCUGKUGACUCGUUGAAUAAUAAGCUUUUUUUAAACAGGUUCAAUUUUAGAUUUUUUUAAUUCACUCAAAAUAUCAUUUGCAGUUUCUUGCAUGGACUUUCAGAGGCUUAAUUGCCAAAGAAACAACACUUCCUUACUCCAGAUAUGCAGCCCUGCAGUGCUGACUUCUUUUCACAGAUCUCUUCAGAAAGGGAAACAUUCUGCAGUUUGUAACUGGACCUCAUCUGGGUUAAAGCGCUCAAAAUACUGGCUUUGCCUUGUAGGAAGACCUUUUGACCUAAGUGCACGUUUGUACAGCUGAAAGUGUUUAUCUAGUUUCCCAGGAAUGGUUCAAACCACCUCUCACCCGUUUUUAGUUCCCUCACACAUUAACAGUGUCUUCAGAUGUCUGUACUGCCAAAUGGACUUAUUGAAGGAAUAAUGAAAAAGCUCAAGCGAUGAGUAUUGCUGAAACUUGAGUUUGGAGGAAGAGGACUGGGAGCGGGGGUGGAGGCAUGUUGCUUGAAUGUAAUCUGUUUACGGUUUUUUACACAAACUCUUGCUCCAAACAUUUCAYUAGAAGAGAAUGCUGCAGAAAUGGACUUCUUAUAACAUUGAAUGUAUUUGUUGUUUGAAACGUAUUUAACUGUGGGCAGCUUUCUCUUACCCCCCGCCCCUCGAAACAAUUUUAUGAGGGAAAAACAAUUGAAUUUUCACUCUUUGCUCGAUGCCGUUGUUUUCUUAUGAAUGACUUUUGACAUUUUUGUUCCAACUCAGUGAUUGUAUAAUAGAAGUUGUAUAUUUAACUGAUUACAAAUAAUAAAAUUUAAUUAUUCUUUUCAUUUAGUAA